AUGAGUGACCAGUCCACGAUCGACACCGUCGCAAAUCUCAUCCGCAAUGGUAAAGCCACUCGCAUCGUCGUCCUGGCUGGCGCAGGCAUGUCCACCGCAGCAGGAAUCCCCGACUUCCGCACCCCAGGAACAGGUCUCUAUGCCCGGUUGCAAAAGCUGAAUCUACCCUAUCCCGAGGCGGUCUUUGAUAUCAACUACUUCCGGCAUACACCAGAGCCAUUCUAUGCCCUAGCGAGGGUUCGUCAUCCACGCAGUCUCACGCCGACAUUAUCGCAUGCUUUCCUGGCAUUACUGGCGAGAAAGGGGUUACUGCACAUGCUGUUUACCCAGAAUAUCGAUGCUCUGGAUGUGAGGGCUGGAAUUCCGAAGGAGAGAAUGUUCGCAGUGCAUGGAAGCUGGGCUACACAGCGGUGUAUGAAGUGCAAGGUUCCGUAUCCCGAUGAUCGGAUGAUGGAGGCUAUUAAGACUGGCACUGUACCGUACUGUCCGGUUGAUGGAUGUGGAGGCGUUGUCAAGCCGGAUACUGUUAUGUUCGGAGAGGCCCUUCCAUCGAACUUCGAAACUGAAGAGCAGAAAGUGGGCGAGGCGGAUUUGAUGUUGAUCAUGGGCACCAGUUUGAAGGUUCAUCCAGCAGCUAGAUUGCCUGGUCGGGCCGCAGAAGGUGUUCCUAGGGUCCUUAUCAACCUGGACAAAGCGGGAGAUAUUGGGAAACGACCGGAUGAUAUGUUUAUACUUGGGAAAUGUGACGAGGGAGUGCAGAAGCUGGCGGAUGCACUUGGGUGGAGGGAAGAGUUAGAGACGUUAUGGAAGGAGAUAUCAACGAAAGAAGAUGAGCAAGUGGAUGUGAGCAAGGAACUGGAUGCUGCGAUUGAGCAGCUCAGCAAUGUGAUGAAGGAAUCCAGGCAGGUUUCCACUGGGCAUAAAAAGAUGCUGGAAAAUCACCUCGAGUCCAAGUUUGCUGGACUGUUAUCCAAGAAGCAAUCUUCUGGUUGA